AUGGCGCGGUUGCGUCGCAGCGCGCUCGUAGCGGUGCUGCUGCUCGCUGCUGUCGUGGCUGGCGGUCGCUGUGUCUCGGGGCAGAAUAACAGCCCGAUAGAGGGGGCUUUGGGAGCGUUAGCGUCAGAAUGGGCCAACGACAACCUAGCAUCCAUCACAUGUCAGAACGCCCCGGACAUUCUCCUUUGCAACGACCAGGGGGAAGUGGUCUCCAUGCUGCUGGAUGGACUAUCCAAUAGCAAACAGGCCACCAUACCUGCAGAUAUUGCCAGCAUCACUUCCCUAACCUACCUGAGCAUGGCAUACAACUCCCUCACGGGCACCAUUCCAGACUCAUUCAGCAACCUCGUUCUUCUGCAGUUCCUGGAUGUGAGCUCCAACUUGUUGGAGCAGCCCAUCGAUGUCGUCAUGACGCUCACCUCCCUCACCUACCUGAACAUGAGUUAUAACACAAUCAAGGCACCACUGUCGCCAGGCAUAUCCAACCUGCGAGAUCUAGAAGUCCUGGACUUGGCGUACAACAGUCUGGAUAAAAUCCAGGACCUUUCCGCCCUUACCAAGCUCAGACAAUUAGUCUUGGAGAGAUGCGCGCUGCCCUCUGCGCCGCUCACCACAUUCAGCCCGUUGAUAUCGCUGGAGUAUAUAAACGUGUUCAACAACUCGUUUGAAGGCUCGCUUUCUGCCCUCUCAACACUCUCAAAACUCGAGUACAUGCAAGUGGCCUUCAAUUACAUAGGACCAGACAUACCCGCCACCUUAUCCCACCUCUCCAAGGUCACUUUCAUGGAUCUUGCAUACAAUCAUCUGAGUGGCCCCAUCAACCCCCUCACAAACCUCACCUCACUGCAAUUCCUGUCAUUAUAUCACAACGCCGUGUCAGGCUCUUUUCCUGAGUCCAUCACACGCCUGUCUCACCUCACUUUUCUGCAGAUCGGCAGGACCAACUUCACAGGCACCCUUCCCGCGUCCCUGGGCCAGAUGUCGAACUUACGACAUUUCCUCUUGGAUUACACAACAAUGGUGGGGACGAUUCCAGCAGCCCUGGGCAACCUCACAGGCCUUGCUGAGAUCUCAGUUGCGCCUCUCAGUGCGACGGUGGGCCCCAGGUGUGCCAAGGAGGGAGUGUGCGUGGUGAAUCAGGAUGCUAUCACUGCCUUCUGCAAUACCUGUCCUAGUUUCUGCCAGUCCUGCUCGCCCCCAGGCCUCUGCAUCAACUGCAAAGCUCAUGCCCCAUCUUUCCCCAACUCCAUUCUCUCCUUGCUGCCUGCGUCCCUGUCCUCCCCCCUGUUAGACCCCUCGCCACCGCCAGCACCUGCAACCAGCAGCAACGGGUUUUGA